CACCCAUCUCGUUCAUAUUCGAAGGCGCAGCGCAUGGUGACUCUGCCAGUGUCUGCAGACUUUGCCAGGAGAAGGGCUUACUGGCAUGUGGUGGCAUACAAUCCACAGAUAGCUGUCUGCUCGAUACCGAGUCGCGAGCGGAUUAUGGUCAUCGAAUGCUGGCGGGGGAUAUCGGUUCUGGUGUAGAUCGGCCGUCAAUUUCAAGAGCUUCUACCAGUGAGGGCGCCACCGACAGCGACGUUGGCAUAGACGAGUUUCCUGCGGGCUUCGUCGGGGACAGCAGGGCGGGCCCUGAUCCACUACAGCAUACGCUCUUGAGCUCUGUAGGAUCUCCCAGCAGAAGGGGGAGAACGGGACAGGAGUCCAGCAUAACCCUGCAUUCCCCUCCGCCAUUGCGUAUCCAGACCUUCUUGCAACCAGUCUCUGCUGCUUAUGACCGUACUCCCUUGACCUCUCCUCUUUCUCCGGAUCCUCUGGUGGACAUCACGCGUUUACGUGUGCGAUCUCAAGGUUGCCACAGUUUGUACCCCGGUGCCCUAUUCAAGGGCACGCAGAAGAGUGGGCGGAAUAGCUAUGAUGUGACCGUGAACAUUGUGGACGUUGACUUCGAGUCCUCUACGCUGUGCGGGUAUCUGUGCAUCCAGGGUCUGACAGAGGAUUGGCCAGAACUUACCACCUAUUUUGACGCUGAGAUUAUCGGCAGCCGCUAUGGCUUUCGCACACUCGAUUGGGGUGCCACUGAACAAGACGACCUCAGUCAUUGGGCGUGUUUCCCCCCUUUCCGCCACGUGAAACACGAGAUGCAGCAGAGGCCCGGUUGGACUGUUGAUGACAGAGAUCGAGGUGCCGUGUUCAUGCGGUGGAAGGAGCGGUUCCUGGUUCCCGACCACCGAGUCCAAGAUAUCACGGGCGCCAGUUUUGCUGGCUUUUACUAUGUCUGCGUUGACUUCAAUCCACAGCCAAAUCACCCGACAUCUCGACCAGGACCCCAGCAAAUGCCUCUGUCGCCCGAGUCUGAAACUGACAUUCUCCGCGCCAAAGUGGACAGUCCCCCCCGAGUGAUGCACAGAGACAGCAAAGAGGGAAGCGGCAGGCGAUCCAAGUCCAGUCGUCGUUCUAUGUCCCGUGGUCUGAGGUCCGGGCCGAGACCUGCGGCGACCAUGAGUGGAUACUACUUCCACCAGAAUUCUGAGCCAUACCAGCAGCUAUCCUUGGUCCAUGUGCCAGACGCAUGCGAGACCAGCUUCGAGUUCCGGUAGGGAACUGCCCUCCGUGCAUGGGCCUGAACGUAUGGUUGUAUGCCCAAAAUUACCGUGACACAGCUCAGUUGCCAUUAAGCUCGACUAUGCGCGACCUUGACUCAUUUAUUGGCUCCCAAGGAGCACAGCGAUACUUCACCGCCGCGCUGCGACCCCUCCAUUUUCAUUUCCAUUGUAUCUCUGUAUCUCACCGGACUUAUCGCUGUCUAAUUACAUGUACUAAGAUACCAUUCUCUAGCAUUGUGUACAGUUCUCAUCCCCGUUGUCCCUGCUUUUGCUAUCGCGUCUAGUAAUGCAUCCCGUCUUGUAAUAUGCACAUUGCGUCUGGC